GUAUGGAGUUCAGGUCACUCUCUGUAAUACUCUUGUUGGUUUCACUUGUUCAAGCUGGACAUGCUCAAGGGCAGUAUAAGCCAGUUCUGACUGUGCAGCCUGAUUGGCCACAAAUAUUUAGUGGAGAGAACGUCACACUCACAUGUUCCAUUCCAGGAGGGAGUGUAGCUGAUUGGACGUACAACUGGUACAGAGAUUACGUACUUCACUCCUCAGAUGAAAACUAUUACAUCAUAAGAGACAUAAAAAGGCAUCACAGUCUGAAAUACAGUUGUUAUGGUUGGGGGAAACGAGGCCAAGGAGUCUCUCCUUCGAGUAAUGAAGUGACUCUCACAGUAACAGAGAGACCAAAACCUUCACUGAUCCUGGUGCCUACUGGACAGAUGUUUACUGGAGAGAAAGUGACUCUCAGAUGUGACAUACAAGGACACACAGACACUGAGUGGAGAUACAGCUGGUAUAAAGAUGGAGACAGUAACCAUCCAGUUUAUUCCUCUGAUUGGAAAAGGGAAUAUUCCUUCAGUGUUGCAGAGUCUGACAGUGGUAAAUACACCUGUAGAGGAGAGAGGAGGAGUGACUCUCAGAGAUCAGAGAUCAGUGAUGCUGUUACACUGACUGUAUCAGAAAAACCUAAACCUGAACUCACAUCAAGCCAUAAAGGAGCUGCACUGAUAGGAAAUCCAGUGGUUCUGUACUGUGAGCUGGAUCAGUCUGCUGGAUGGAGGUUUUACUGGUUCAAACACACGCAGAACCCUGAGAAUAAGACCAAGACUGAAACACACUCCUACAGCAUCAGCUCAGUCAGUGUCUCUGAUGGAGGACAGUACUGGUGCAGAGCUGGGAGAGGAACCCCAGUCUACUACACUCACUACAGUGAUGCUCUCUGGAUAAAGGUUACUGGUGAUCCUAAAGCUGCUGUGUCCAUAAAGUCUGAUGAGGUUUUCAUAGGACAGACUUGUUCUUUAACCAAAGCAAAACUGAUGUUUAACUAUCUGUUCCCUGUAACUGAUCUAUUACAAGACAGUGUUUCUCCUCCAGUCUCUCUGAUGGUCAGUCCCAGCAGAACUCAACACUUUAUUACUGACUCUCUCUCACUGAGCUGUGAGGGACAGAGUGACUCUACUGGAUGGGGAGUGAGACGAUACACACACAGUGAGAAGGUGUCAGAUUGUUCAUCAGGCUGGGGAUCAGUUACAGGAUCUACAUGCAGCAUCAGCUCCCUCAGCACAUCCCACACUGGAGUGUACUGGUGUGAGUCUGAAUCUGGAGAGAGCAGCAAUCCUGUCAACAUCACAGUGCACAAUAAUAAUGUGAUCCUGGACAGUCCUGUUCAUCCUGUGACUGAGGGAGAUCCUCUGACUGUACGUUGUUUAUAUCACCCCACAAAGCCCUCAAACCUCACAGCUGAGUUCUAUAAAGAUGGAUUAUUCCUCCAGACUCAGACUACAGGAGAGAUGACCAUCCAUACUGUCUCAAAGUCAGAUGAAGGUCUCUACCACUGUAAACACCCAGAGAAAGGAGAGUCACCACAGAGCUGGAUCUCAGUCAGAGAGGGGAGGACUUCAUUCUCAGUGUUCAGUCUGCUCAGUAGUUUAAUGGCAGUGUCUCCGUAUCUGCUGGCGUCCAUCGUUCUGGGGGUCAAAUGCUACAGAGCUCGAGCUCAGAUUGAUGAAGAUCAAAGUCAGUAUGCAGUCACAGAAGAAUGA